GCGGAAGGCAAAGGUUUUUUUUUUUUUUACCUUUUAAAGGCGCUCUCAAAGCCGAGAGUCGCUGUGUGGAAACAGGAGAGAAGCCGAGAUGUUUUAAUUGCUAACGAGAGCUAGCAGCUACGUUAGCCGCCGAGCGAACACUAGUUGAAAUCUCCACCGACUGAACAAACCUGCCCCCCCUCAAGGAAUGAUGUAGAAGGCGUAACGUCCCUCAGCGAUGCUUUGAAGGGGGCUUCUGCUCAGGCGGUGACACGACAACUAUGAAUCAUGGCGUCAGGGGCAGCAGACACCCCGGUAACCCUGGUCAUCAAGACCCCCGACCAGAAGUAUGAAGACCACACCGUCAACUGCUUCCUGAGCUGGACGGUGGAGAAGCUGAAGAGUCAUAUCGCCAACGUAUACCCCGGCAAGCCUCGCUCCAGAGAUCAGCGGCUGGUGUACUUGGGAAAUCUCCUGGAGGACCACCUCCAUCUCCGAGAUGUGCUGCGCCAGCAUAACGAGCACCACGUGUUGCAUCUGGUGUACAACUUUUGCACUCAGCCGGACUCACAUGGACCUAGUAGUGUCUCCAUGCUCAACGCCGGCGUGAGUAUCACGCCCCCCGUUGUCUCCGCCACGUGUCAACUUCUGAUUGCUCCUCUCAUCUUUGUUAAGAAUUCAAAAACUGCAACGUCGGCGCUUCCUGACACUUCCCUUCCGGAAGGUCCAGAUGGGCUCAGGCGUCGAGGCGCCAUCCUCAACUUUAACCCUCGCAGCCCUGCCGGCAUACCUCAAUGGCCUCAAGGAGGAGCCCGGUUGCCUUUGCAAGGUGCCCAGAUGUUGAUGCCCAUGCAGAUGUGGUGGUGGCAGCAGAUCUAUGCACGACACUACUACAUGCAGUAUCAAGCGGCGGUGGCGGCCUUUCAGCCUCCAAGCUUCCCCGCUGCCACCUCGCAGCCACCGCCGCCUCCCCGGCCUAAUGAAACCGCGCGCCCCCCGCUGGCGCCCGUCCGGGCCGCCGACCCCGUGCCGGAGAACCUGGUGCCACCUGCCGCGGCGGAUGCCAACAUCCAGAUGAACGCGCAGGCCGGGGGGGACGUGCUGAACGAGGACGGGCUGAACCGUGAUUGGCUGGACUGGCUGUACGCGCUGUUCCGAGUCUGCGUCCUGCUCAGCUUCGUCUACUUCUACUCCACCUUCGGCCGCUUGGUCGUGGUCGCGGGCGCCAUGAUGCUGGUUUAUCUGCACCAGGUGGGCUGGUUUCCCUUCAGGACGCUGGAGCAGCAGCAGCCGCAGCCGCAGCCACCGGACUUUCAGGAUCCUGAGCAAAUCCAAGCUCGGGAGGAAGCUGAGAUGCAGCGGGGCUUACGGGAAUUGGAGCGAGUGAUGGACCACGGCAUGGAGGAAGCCGAGCGAGAGGACCGCGGCUUGCUCACCGCGGCGUGGUCCUUCGUCAGCACCUUCUUCGCCUCCCUCGUUCCGGAGGGCUGGCCCCAGCAACCUCCCGAUUUCCCCCCUGGGCUGCGUCCUCGUUAGUCCUCCACAGGCCUAAACUAGUGAACCCAUGUAGAUUUUUUUUUUUACUGUGGCUCUUCGAUAAAGUCUGACAAAGAACGUUUUGGAAAUACUGUACAGUAAUUAUGAAUAGAUGCAUAAUAACACAAAAGGGAGCGAGCAACCUUCCGAUAGGAAAGAGGGCAAAGGUGAAUGUUUGACAAUGUGCAUCAUGAUGGUGUGGUUUGUCUAUUUAACAAUUCAUACGCAAGAUAUUACUUUGAUCUCAUGGCUACACUUAUUCUUUUUUUGGAGAAUAAAAAGCUUUCCGUCUGUUCAA